GACUAUACAGUGGGAUGGAUAUGCGCUCUGCCAGUGCCGGAAUGGCAGGCGUCAAGAUUGCUGCUCGAUGAAGAGUUCGAGGAAGGUCCGGUUCUGCCGAAUGCUACAUACCAGUACGUCUAUGGCAGAAUCCACGGGCACGGUGUCGUGAUGGGCUGUUUGCCGGAUUCACAAAUGGGGAUGACUUCUGCUGCGCAUGUCGCGAACGAGAUGCGACUGCUCUUUACGAACCUCCGCUUCGCUCUUCUCGUCGGAGUGGGAGGUGGAGUUUGGAGUGAAGAGCAUGAUGUUCGACUUGGGGACGUUGUGAUUAGUCGUCCUGAUUCGGUCAAACGCACGGGCGGUGUUAUCCAGUAUGACUUUGGCAAGGCGAUACAAGACGAAGAGUUCCAAGAGACUGGCAGUCUAAAUCUCCCUCCUCAAGCUCUAAUGUCUGCAGUAGGCAAAGUAAAGUCUGCAUUACCGACUCGAUCCAAAUUUGGCGAGUAUCUCAGGACAUUUGAGAAUUUUAAGGGUGAACUUCCUGAGUACGCCGGCAUGCCAGACGCCCCUGAUAGGCUCUUCAAACCACACUACAAACACCCUGAAAAAGCUCCGACAUGCAAGGACUGCGAUGCGGAACAAGAGAUCGAUCGAACACUUCGGCCAGCAAGAAGGAGCAAGAUACAUUACGGAACAAUUGCUUCAGGAAAUCAAGUCAUGAAGGAUGCGAACCAACGCGAUCGCAUAGCUGAGAAGCACGACAUUGUUUGCUUCGAGAUGGAAGCCGCCGGGUUGAUCAACUACUUUCCAUGCCUGGUCAUUCGUGGCAUUUGCGACUACUGCGACUCUCACAAGAACAAGAGAUGGCAACCCUACGCUGCCGCGGCUGCAGCAGCGUACGCGAAAGAACUUUUACGAAACCCGACGGUCAGUAACCAGUGCAAAAGUGUACCAUCGUCAGCGCCUCGGGAAAUCCUGAACACCUUGCCAUAUGACCGUGACGAUGACUUUGUCGGGCGAGAGACCGAGAUCGCUGACAUUGUCUCACGCCUGUUCGUUCCCGAGAGACAUACUCGCCUAGCACUCAUAGGCCUUGGCGGAAUCGGAAAAUCACAAAUUGCCAUCGAAUAUGCGUAUCGCCUGAAAGACCAACGCUCAGAUGUUCACAUUUUUUGGAUCCGCACGAGCACAUACCAGGGGUUUGAAAGCGAUUACAGCGCUCUUGCAUCGCAGUUGCAAAUCCGAGGCGCGGACGAUCCUAAAGCCAACAAAAUGCAGCUUGUGGCGAAUUGGCUGGAUAGUGCGGCCAGUGGACAGUGGCUGCUGAUUUUAGACAACGCUGACGAUGAGCGUAUCCUGGUGGCCCAUACAAGCACAUCAUCUGAUACAAUCGCGCCAUACAUCCCACAGAAGAUUGGCUGUGCAGUACUAAUUACCUCCCGAGUCUUCCAAGCCGGCAUGACGCUGGUCGGCGACAAUGAUAAACACAUCCUGAACGUAGAAGCAUUGUCGACUGACGAUGCUGCUCAGUUGAUACUUCAGAAGAAUCCGCAUGGUCGAGCCUGCACGUUCGAGUCCGCUUGCCGACUGGCCGAGGAGCUGGACUGUAUUCCGCUGGCAAUCAUACAAGCAAUGGCGUACAUCAGUCGUCGACAGCUGUCCAAUUUUCGGCGCACACUUAAUGAAUUGCCUAAUCCCGUUUUUCAAACUUGGGCUGUCUCACUACAUCAGAUUAUUGCAGAUCGACCAUCUGCAGCAGAGCUCCUGUAUACUCUGUGCUGGCUGGACAAAGACGGCAUACCCCUCUGGAUCCUAGGCCCGCAAGAUUCUGGCUGGGAGGACGACAUCGAGAUUCUGACUGGGUUUUCCAUACUAUCUCUCGAUGCUAGCAAAGAGACAGUGCACAUGCACAGACUUGUACAAAUUGCAUUGAGAUCGUGGGCGGGCAGGGAGCCUCGUCAAGGUCGUUCAGACUGGUGGCUUCUUGAAGCUCUUCACUUACUUCAAAGAACAUAUCCGCGUGACAGCUCGGAAUAUGAGAAUUGGGCCACAUGUCAGUUUCUAGAUGCUCAUGUGGCAGCUGUUCUGAUACAGAGCUUGCGAGAGAUGCCUACAGCAUCGCGACGGCACCUAGCAAGCCUUAUGCAUCGACUUGCCUCUUAUCGAAACAUCAAUGGGCGUCACGAGGAGGCGAUUGAGCUUCAAGAAUUUGUCGUCAAUGAAAUAAUUCAUCUCUAUGGCAGUGAAAAAGGAGGCACCAUGAUAGCUGUUCACAAUCUCAUCAGAUAUUAUUUUGAAGAAGGUAGACUACAGGAAGCGCUGGAUCUGGGCACCGAUACCUUGGAACGUAGCACCGCCGUCUUGGGGGCUGAGCAUGCAAACACAAUGACGAUCAAGAGAAUGCUUUCGAGAGUGCACAGAAGAUUUGGUCACUUCAACAAAGCUGCAGACUUCGUCGACGAUGUACUGAGAGUAUCGCGGAGAGAUCUGGGAGCAAAUCACAUUGUCACGCUGAAUGCUAUGACUAACAAGAUGUUUUGUCUGCAAGACAUGGGGAAGCUCGAGGAUGCGAGAGCCAUCGGUGUCGACAUUCUGAAAAGGCUCCGUGUGGUUCAGGGUACCAAUUAUCUUGAAAAACUGUUCGCAACGAUGAAUCUUGCUGACAUACUGAGUGUGCUGGGCCGCGGACUCCAAGCAGAAAUUUUAAUGAUGAAUUGCGCACUCAACAUUUCUCGAAUGCUGGACUACAGCCAUAAGUCCCUUCUCUAUGGGUUUUAUACUUUGGCUAUUUCUUUGUCACGUCAAAGACGAUAUUCUGAGCAUGAUCUGCUUUCAUGGGUUACUCUAUCUGCUCAGCAGAGCGUCCUUAGUCAAAAUCAUAACGAUCUUCUGGUGGCUCGGUCCAACGUUGCUCAGAUCUUGGAACGGAAAGGUCAGACGAACGCAGCU